AUGCCCGAGGAGGCUUCCCACCUAUGCCACAAAGUUGUUGAUCGGGCCCUAUUAGUCGAACAAGAAAACGAGGAGUCCAAAAGGCUCUUCGAGAAUCGAAAGCGUCAAAGGUUCAAUAGUGGGAAGAAAUCCGAAGGGGGAAGCUUUAAGAAACAAAAUACUAGAAAUGAAGUUGGGAAACCAAGCAACAACCAGCUGCCGCCAUGUGCAACGUGCGGGAAACCCCACUUAGGCGUUUGUAUGAAGGCAACAAGUGGAUGUUUCAAUUGUGGCAAAGUUGGACAUCUAAAAAAGGAUUGCCCAAAUCUCAGGCCCGGAAUAAUAAAUGUGCAAAACUCGGGACAGUCAAUGGGGCAGAGGCAAAGACAAACAACUCCAGCACAACGAAACGAUGGUAGACAAAGGCAAGGGAAGGCAUUUGCUCUAAUGCCAGGAGACCCACGAAACACUGAAGAAGUUGUAGCAGGUAAUGUAUCAAUUUGUUUGAUACUAGCCUAUGCUCUAAUUGACUUGGGUUCAACACACUCAUUUAUUUCACCACAACUCGCCACAAAGUUAUUCAACAUAGCAAAACCCCUCGGUUAUGACUUGUUGGUGUCGCAGCCAAUGAGUAGAGGUGUAGUUUGCACGACAAUUUGUAAGAACUGUGAUGUGCGUUUUGACAAUAUAUGCUUGCAUGCGAAUCUGAUACCUCUUGAGAUAAAUCAUUUUGAUGCAAAUUUUGGCAUGGAUUGGCUCGCUGCCAACCACGCCACAAUCAACUGUACUAACAAAUGUGUCGAGUUCCGUAGUCCAGAACAAGAAAAUAUUCGAUUUGAAGUGGCAGAUAUUCUAGUAGUCCGAGAGUUUCCGAAAGUUUUUCCGGAUGACUUACCAGGGACUCCAAUAGACCGGGAGAUCGAGUUCAAGAUAGAGGUCAUACCAGCUUUUAUGGACCUGAUGAACUGGGUAUUUAAGCAAUACCUGGAUGAAUUUGUAAUAGUCUUCAUCGAUGAUAUCCUCAUCUACUCCAAAAAUGAAGAAGAACAUGCGGACAUUUACGAAUCGUUCUACGAACACUGA